AUGAUCAUUUUCGGAAACUAUCUUCGUGUGGGUUAUUUUAAUUUUCUUUCUAAGCGUUUGCUGAGUAUAAGCCAGUUAAAAGAAAGAAGUCUGGUAUGCGUUCAUGGUACAUCAGCUGACGAAUUUCUGCAAGGUCUCAUAACUAAUGAUAUCAAAUCUAUAAGUCGACCUAAUUCCUUCAUGUACUCACUAUUCCUCAAUUUGAAGGGUAGAGUGCUAACUGAUGCAUUUAUCUAUCACACUAACCGUUUAUCGGCUAACCGAUCUGAUUACCUGGUUGAAGUUGAUGUCAAUUACGUACCCGAUUUGGUUAAACAUUUAACUCGAUAUAAUUUACGUGGGAAGGUUAAAAUAGAUGCCAAUUUAUCAGCUCGCCUUUGGAUCGCUAUGCCAACAUCCAAACACUCAAAUCAAUUGAAUAGUUAUAAAGCAUGGUCGCCAGUGAAUACAUUUGAUUUGAAUGAUCAGCAAGAGUUGAUAUUCUUCGCUUCAGAUCCUAGGGGUAUAGCUGGUCGGUCUGGACGCAUACUAUCAACAUCCGAUGCAAGUGGUAAUUAUUUUAGUUCCAUAGAUUUUAUCAAUCAAAGACUAGGUUUUAAUAUUUUUAGAUUAUCAUUGAGUAGUUGCCUCAGCCAGUCAGGUACAACGUAG